UCAACCAAUCCAAGCACCCAUCACUCCUUCCCUUUUCUCUCACUCCACACCCAAAACAAUAUAGAGAAAGAGAGAAAGAGAGGGAGGGAGACAAUGAAAUUCAAAUUGAGAAAUACUCAUAUUACACAAGUCCCAUAAAAUUUUCCCAAGAAAAGUUACAAACAUUGCUGACCAGAGACUCUCAAUCAAGCUCUGCAGGUAACAGAAGCAAACUGUUCAAUUUUGCAUAUUGAUUAGUUUAUGUGUGCACUUAGGGAGCCAUUAGAGCAAACAAAACCCAGAUCACAGAAAUCUUUGAUUUGAAUGCCCAUUGAGGAUAUUGGUUUAUUUUGAUCUUGUUUAGGGAAAAAUACAGAUUUUGACAAAUGAAUUCUGACUCACUUUCCUUGUUAUCACCAAACAAAAAAUCUACCACAAUCCCCACUAAGGAGGAAGGAGAAGAAGAAGAAGAAACCCCAAAGUCAACCAUAGCUUUGCUGUCUUUCAACACUGAUUCUUCUUCAGUCAAUCCUUCAAAACCCACCUUCACUACCCUGAUUCUCACUUCUCUUUUUCUCAUCACUUCCAUAGCUCUCUUUGCAGCCAUUGUUUUUGCCUUUCUCUACUUCUCAUCUUCUUCCUCAUCAGAUUCUUCUGAGGUUUCAAGAUCACUCAAAAAACUCAAACGGCCAGUUGUCCUUUUGGUAUCUUCUGAUGGGUUUAGGUUUGGGUUCCAAUAUAAAGCCACCACUCCAAACAUUCACAGGUUAAUCAAGAAUGGGACAGAAGCUGAGAUGGGUUUAAUUCCAGUCUUCCCAUCUCUGACUUUCCCUAACCAUUACUCUAUUGUCACUGGUGUCUACCCUGCUUAUCAUGGGAUAAUAAACAAUUUCUUUAUUGAUCCUAACACUGGUGACUAUUUCACUAUGCAAAGCCAUGAUCCUAAGUGGUGGCUUGCCGAACCGCUUUGGGAAACUGUGGUGAAUCAUGGUUUGAAGGCUGCAACUUACUUCUGGCCUGGGUCUGAAGUGAAUAAAGGUUGUUGGACAUGCCCGGAGUUUUACUGUAAACGAUAUAAUAGUUCUGUGGCCUUUGAGGAUAGAGUGGAUACUGUAUUGAAGUACUUUGAUUUGCCUAGUGAUGAAAUUCCUUCUUUUAUAACAUUGUAUUUUGAGGACCCUGAUCACCAGGGCCACAAGGUUGGGCCUGAUGACCCUGAGAUCACAGAAGCUGUGAUUAGAAUUGAUAGGAUGAUUGGGAGGUUGAUUCAAGGUCUUGAAGGUAGAGGGGUUUUUGAGGAUGUGAACAUUAUCAUGGUUGGUGAUCAUGGGAUGGUGGGCACUUGUGAUAAAAAGCUCAUCUUUUUGGAUGAUUUGUCUCCAUGGAUUCAAAUCUCAAAGGAUUGGGUUCUCUCCUAUUCUCCACUUCUUGCAAUUCAACCACCAUAUAACUACUCUGCUAAGGAUGUUGUUGCCAAGAUGAAUGAGGGGUUGCAAUCAGGGAAAAUUGAGAAUGGGCAGUACCUGAAAGUGUAUCUCAAGGAGGAGCUACCUGGCAGGCUGCAUUAUUCAGGCAGUUCCCGAAUUGCCCCGAUCAUCGGGUUGAUUGAUGAGGCGUUUAAGGUCGAGCAGAAGAACACUGAGAGGAAAGAGUGUGGCGGAUCGCAUGGCUAUGACAAUGCAUUAUUCUCGAUGAGGUCCAUUUUCAUCAGCCAUGGUCCUCGCUUUGCCAGAGGCCGAAAAGUGCCAUCUUUUGAGAAUGUUGAGAUAUACAACUUGGUCACUGCAAUCCUCAACAUAGAAGGUGCACCUAAUAACGGCACAGCUUCAUUUCCAGACAAACUCAUUCUGCCCUGACACUGAAACAUUCAUAAAGCAGCGUUUUUUCAUACAUUAUUUGCUUAUUUAGUCUGUUAGCUUCUGCAGAGGUUAGAAUUUUAGCUUCUAAAUUUAUAUACAAUUCUUAGAUUAAUAAUUCUUGGUGUUGUUAUAUAGAGAUAUGAUGAUACAGAUUGUUGAUUUUUA